UCGAAACGUCCGUAUGUCCUCAUGAUAACCUCACUGUUGUGAUGCACUUGAUAUGUCGGCGUCCGCACUUGAGUCGCUGAUCACUUUGUGCUUGUUGUAGAGUCAAAUCUUUCUAUCAACAUUUCAACGCUUCACAUUAUAACGGACAGAAGUUACAGAAUAAUGAAAGGACCAGAACUGGUUGACUCGAGGAGUCGUUUUCGAUUUAUCGAAUCGUGUGUUGGACUGAUGGGGAGUUUGUGUAUCAACUAUGCCAUCUGGACCCCUCGGUGGCUGGAUAGCAGGGGUCUGUGGUUCUCGGGGAAUGAGACAAGCUCGGAUGAUAACUGGAGGAUUGAGGACAUGGUUAAAGCUCUGGAAGCUGAGAGGGUCUUUGCAAUAGUGGCAUUUCUCAUGUCAGUGAGUUCUGGAGUGUUGUGCCUCAUGUUCGCCCUCUGCUGGACGUCUCAGACUGUGCGUUCUUACUCCAACACCCGCUCGCUGCUGAUGGUGGGCCAGGCAGUCGACCCCACCACCAUGCUGCUUUUCACAUUAGUACCCACAGGGUUUUUCUUUUUUCUUACAUGGAUGCUUUUCACAAAUCAACAUAUCGGUGUUAUCCGGGAGGACAUCACUCGACUCGGACCGUCCUAUUGGGUGGGAGUCGUGGGCUGGGUGUUGCUAUUGGCUGUGCUCCCUGUGAUCUUCCUGGUGGAGAAGUUGGUGGUUCCGGACAUUUUGCCAGACCUCAUAAAGUCUGCAGAUAUAUGGUGGAGUGCCCCGGAGGUUGCGUACACAAGAUCUUUAAGUGAAGGUUCUCAUCAUUCACAUCACAAGUAUCAGGGUUACAGAAGGUACAUGUCAAUGCCCUAAAAGAGGGGGAGAUGAAGAAGAGUUUGUGAUGAGGGCUCUCUCAAAUACUGAACAUUUAUGUGCUAUCUGAGAGUGAGCCCCAAAGCAACAGGGUUGUGUUAAACUCUGAUUUGUUAAAAUGUUUGACACUGAGUGAGGACAGAUUACGGACUAUCAUCACUCACUAUCUGGAUGUGAAGAAGCAGAAAGGUCGUUCCAGUUGCAUACAGACUCUUAAAAUGUUGUCAAUCCUGAUUUAAAGUCACAUUGCACUUUCUACCUCUAGCAAUUCAUGUAUUAAAUAAUUAAUAAUCCCAGGUGCUAAUUUACACUAUGGGUUGGUUUCCGAUACAGGGUUUUAGACUAUUCCUACACAAAAAUAAAAUGCUAGAGCUGUCUACACUGAAAACAGCUUGAACUAACAAACAUAACAAUUACAUCAGUGCCGUUGUUUUCUCUCACAAUCCACACAAGUAAUGUUUUUUGUAAAACAAGUUUGUAUAAACUAUCCUAAUUUAACAAAGGCCCAGUCCUGGUUUAAUCUAAUCCCUGUUCGGGAGACCUUCCCUACAUGUUCAGUUUUGCAGUCUUUUCAUUGAUAAUGCUAGAUUUGUCCUGUCAAACAGUGACCUCUGCUGGUAGUGAUAUAAAGAGCAUCCUGUCUUCUCUAUUGUCUUUGAACCUGCUGUUACAUGAUUUUAGGCCAAGUGUUAAGGUUAAGAUUCUGCGAAAACAGGUCAAAAUAUCAAAUUGUAUCAAUUUGCAUUAUUAUCAAAUGUCAUUGGUUUGUCAAAAACAAGAAAAUGUCAAUGAAUAAAAUAAAUAGAAAGUUGA